AUGCAGUUCCAGACUUUGGCCUCUCUUCUCUUCGCCACUGCCUCAGUCUUCUCGCAGUCUGCCAAGGCCCAAGACACCUCCUGUCCGCCUAUCGGCUGGUUCUCAAUGGCCUACUACGCCCAGAUUCACAACGCAACCUACGACUCGACCUUUGACAUGGACUUCUACAGCCAGCAGCAGAUGCCGUGGGUCUACUCUCUUUACAAGCCCUUUGGCAUGAAGGGAUAUACCAUCAAUACCUUGGAGCGUGAUGCCCCAUGGAGCGUUGUUACAUUCUUCUACUUUGACACCGCUGAGCAAUUUGAUGCGGCAUUGGCUGCUCACGAGGAUGAGAUCUUGGCGCGUGUGCCGCUCUUCAGCAGCGAGUACCCUUCUCGCUUCGUUGGCGAUGUUAUCAGCACCACCUUCUAG